UAGUAGUGGCAUCCAUUUCUUUUUUCUCAAGAAAAUGAGAUUAAUUUAGACGUUGACCAGAUGAAAUUCGUAUAAAUUAUAAAUAGAGAUCUAUAAUGAGUACUACACAUAACCGCAUUUUUUCCUCUAGUUAAUUAGAUAGUGAUCAAACACAUAAGAUUAGUCUGGAGGAGAUACACAAAUUCAUGAAACCAAUGGCUCACGUAUUACUACUGUUACUUGCGAUUCAUGCGCAUAUCCAAGCCGUUGUUUCAAUCACAGCCGUCCAUCUGAAACCUAACUCCAUCUCAGGAACUACAACGUGUUGUGAGAUAGAUAACCCAUUUUGGCGACGGGAGCUUCGAAGCAGCGGUGGUAGCGGCGGAGGAGGUCAUGGUGGUGGAAGCAGUGGUCGAGGCGGAAACAGCGGUAAAGGCGGCAGUAGAGAUGGAGGAGGUAGCGGUGGCGCUGGGAGUGGAAGAUCUUCUAAUAGUGGCGGCCAUCGCAGCAGUGGUAGUAGCAAUGGUGGCCAUUCUGUAGGAAGCGGCGGUGACUGCUUGAAACACCGUGGUCUCACCGGUUCUACAUUAUUUCUCGUCUUUGUAACCUCUUUGAUUAUUUACACGUUGAAACAGUAAUUACAUGUUAUUUUAUUUUUGCUUCAUAAUUAAAUAUUGUAUAUACACUUUGAUAAUGUCUGAUGACCAAAAAAAAAAAA